CCUCGUUAAAAAUUCAGUAUGCGGUAAAACGCAAAACUUCCGAUCAAAAAGUAAAUAUAAAAAAUAUACCUUUGACGCAUAGAACAUCAAACUUAAUUAUACAUACCCAGUUUGACUGAGCCUGGUAACAGACUUCGUUUGAUGGAAUAUGUUCAAUAUGGAACUGAAACAUUCCGCUGGUACCUAUAGUGUACAGUGAAACCUCAUAGGAUUAUAAUAGAAUAAGUGUUACAUUUAAUUAGAAAAACACAUUUUAAAGUGGUUUAAUAACAAACCGAAGCUUUUGUCUUCAUGAGAUCAGAUGUUCCAUGAUAGAAUCAUAAACUUGGCCAGUGCGUUACAAAGGAUCCUUCACAGAGAUAUAUUUCAGUAUAAAAGAUUGGCUUAAUCUGACGUUUUGAGCUUCAACAGAGGGUGCAAGUCCAGUAAGCGUUUAAAAUGAACUACAUGUAGAUAAAACAAAUCUUUAAAUCGUAUGUGAAUUAAUUACUAUAACUACAGUUUUUUAAACCUUCUAUGUAUGGCGGUAAGAGAUAAAAACGACAUUAAUCUUAUAUUACCUCGUAUGAUUUAACAUAGAUGUAACUGAAGCAAACAAAUAGCAAGCGACACACUUGUAUGUAGAGAAAUUGGAUCCGCACUUGUGUCUAUGUCAGUGAAGAAGAAAGUGAUAGAUUUCUUGUGUCAAUGACCCGAUGGAUACCAUUCUAUAUAAGUAAGUGAAAAUCGUGUGACUUAAACGUUUUGUGUAUUUACAUCAGAUUUGAGUGAACUGAAGACAAUGUACACUCAAAGUCAAAUAAGGGUUGAACGUAAUCAAAAGGAAAUACAGGAACAUACUAUUAAAGAAUGUCUGCAAAAAUAUUCGGACACAAAACCGGACACUGAGGCCUUCAUUUUCGUGUCAACAGAUGGCGGCAGACAUAGUCUUACAUGGUCAACUCUUUACGAAAGAUCAUGUGCCGCAGCAAGAUCGUUUAUACAGCUCGGAGUGAAAAGGAAUGAAAUUGUUGCCAUUAAUCUUCGAACAUGCCCUGAAUGGCUAUAUGCGACGUUCGGGGCGAUGAUAGCAGGCGCGAUCCCGGUAAGUGUUUCGUUCACUUAUACAGAUGGCAGUGACUUGGUAGCGUUGAUGCAGAAAUUACAACGUUGUUCACUUCUUGUUAUGGAUCCUGGAAUUGACAACGUUAACUGGAACAUUGUUCAGAAGCUAAUUGAUGAACACAGUGGGAAUGGGGCAGUUAAGUGUACAAAAAUACAAUACUUGAGGUAUCUGAUAGGUGUCGGCUUUGAAGGCUGUUCGGAUAUCGUGAAAGGUUUUCAUGAGUUGCUGACUGGUACAAAUUAUGAUACAGAUUUUCCAGAAAUAGGAUCGGAAGAUGUCGCCACCAUGUUACAGACCUCUGGGAGCACGGGAGUACCAAAACUCGUUGUACAUACACAUGCAUCACUUAUGUCUCUGUUUUGUUCAGACGUUGUUGCUACUGACCCAAAUUACGUACUUUUCAACGACCGUCCAUUUAAUUGGUUUGGUGGAUUUCCGUUUUCAGUAGUGACUGGGCAAAGCAGGGUGACAAUAUCGGGAUUCUGCGAAGCAGCAAAGGACAGAGUUUCCUUCACUAAAGAAGUUAUAGAAAAGGAGAGAUGCUCAAUCGUAGUAGCUUUGCCUUCGCUGAUGUCUGAACUCAUACGAAUUCAGGAUGAGCUGCCAUCUGAUUGGCCUGUUGUGGGAAUACUAACAGGAGGUCAGCCAAUGACGAAAGUUUUGGCGGAAAGCAUUGGAAAAGUCGGGAAAUUUCUUUUCUGUGCUUACGGGUCAUCGGAGGCCGCGAUAUUAACGCAGAGUGUGGCAACAGAUCCUGAAGGUUUCACUGAAUAUGGGUGCGGUCAACCUAUACAGGUACAAGGAAUAGAAAUGAAAGUUGUUGAUAACAAUGGCCAAACAGUACCUGUGAAUACAAGAGGUGAGCUAUAUGUUCGAUCACCUGGAAUGUUCAAAGGGUAUUUCAACGAUCCUGAGAAAACUAAAGCUGUCAUGACCGCUGAUGAAUGGUAUAAAACAGAUGAUAUCGGGCGUAUGACUGAGAAAGGAGAGUUUUUUGUUGAAGGCCGAAAAUCCAAUGUGAUAAUUUCUGGAGGAAUGAAUGUUGCUCCAGAAAUUUUGGAGCAAGUGAUGUCGACAUUUCCUGGAGUUGCAUCGGCUGUAAUAGUUCCAGUACCAGAUGAUAUUUACUAUCAGGUUGUGUGCGCAUGCGUCAUUAUAAAACCAGGUUUUGACACCGAUGAAAAGCAAGUUCAAAAGUACUGCGAGAACUUUCAUACUGAUAAGCCAGGACUUUUUACCGUUCUGCCGAAAUUUUACUUGAUCUUGGAAAAACUCCCUGUGACCCACACGGGAAAACUAGACAGAAAAGAAAUAGAAAGGAUUGCAUGCAGCAAAUUUAGAUUACUAUCUUAGAGCAAAAUAAAGACUUAAAGCAUUACACAAUAUUCGGAAAUUACUUUGCAAAGAUAUAUGUAUAGGAUACUAAGAUGUACAUUUACAUUAUUAACAAUGUAUCAGUGUAUUCUAUUUUGCCAUGUACAUGUAUAUUGAUGAUAUGAAAUAUGAGCUGUAUAAUGAUGAUUUAAUGUUUGCGUUUUACAUUAAUCAGUUAAAAUUUGCAUUGUUUGAUGUUUGGAUAAAAAUGUUAUCUAUAUAUUGAUGACUUGAUAUUUUGGCUGUAAAUUAGAUGGUCCUGUUUGCAUUUUAAUAUGAUAUAGAAUACAAUGUAGUUUGGGGUUAUAUCAGAAUAUUUUGUUAUGUUCCUCUGGUCGACAAUGUCAAGACAUUUAAGACAGUGGCUUUGAUAAGACUGAAAGAUACAUUCAAAAGAGAGGAUAAAAAGUCACAUAAGAUAUUAAGACUGUCUUCAAUAAUGUUAGGAUGGUCCCCAUUAAUUGUUUGCUAAAACUUCCACCUUUUUACAGUAAAGAAAAUUAUUUUAUAUUAUAUAAAUUAAGGGGUUUCUUCAUAAAUUGAUAUUGUAAUAAAUUUCAUCGUUUAACAGGAGUAGCAUAACUCUAACUGGAAUAAUUACAGAGUUAUCUCUCUUUAGUACAUGGCUUUUAGUUAUCACAUUUAAACCUGUAUCUAAAUCUCCUCUAAAGGAAAUAGUUUUACUAAUCAAAAUUAAAAAUAAUGAUUAUCGAAAGUAAACAACAUAAGAAUCAAAAUGGGGCCUCCGUGGCCGAGUGGUUACGGUCGCUUACUUUAAAUCACUUGCCCCUCACCGAUGUGGGUUCGAGCCUCACUUGGGGCUAUGAAUUUUCAUGUGAGAAAGCCAUCCAGCUGGCUUACGAAGGUCGAUGGUUCUACCCAGGUGACCGCUAGUGAUGAAAUAAUGCACAGAGGGGCACCUGGGGUCUUCCUCCAUCAUCAAAACUGGAAAGUCGCCAUAUGACCUAUACUUGGGUCGGUGUGACGUUAAACCCUGCAAAAACAAAACAAUAAUCAAAAUUAAAUCAUGCUCAUCAUUUUAUAAUUAUCUCUAUUGUUUUUAUUUCAUUUUAAAUCUGUUUACACUGAAGACAGUUACUUUCUUCUCUAAAUAUGAAAUUUAUUACUACAAAGAAAUAAGAAGCCCGCGAACUUAUCUCCUUUUUAUACAUUUACAUACUCUAUUCAUGUUUUACAUUAAAGCGUUAAAGCUCUUCUUUUUUAGCAAACCUCGUUACAAAAACGGCCUUAAUUCAGGAUGUGAAUCGGAUUAUGUGACAGCUCUAUUUAUAAUGUUUCAUGUUUCAAAAGUAGUUUAAAUUUUACCAUUUUAUUUUUUUUUAUCUUUAUAUGUAUUACAUUACAAAACGGCGAUAUCUCACAAAUUCAUUGACCUUAAUUCACAUUUACACAUUCUCAAAUAAAUAGUAAAUAGAUAAUGUUUCAUUAUAAUUUCACCUACUAGCUUUGUAGAGACAUUAUACUGAGACAGCGUACAAAACAAUAAAUCUUACUGCAUAUUCAGCAGUAUAGAAUA